GAGGGUGCUGGUGAAGAGAGGAAGAGAUUUUGACACAGGGAUUUUACUGCCACUUCCACCCCUUGUUGGUCCAUCAUUUAAUUCAGUAUCAUACAUUCUAAGACAGAAUCUUGAAUUUCCCCUGGGGAUCAAUAAAGUAUCUAUCUAGAAUCAGAGUCAGAGCCAUAGCUGCACAACUGACUUGGCUUUAACCAUGGAGUAUAUGGUGUGGUUCCUUUGUCUGUGUGUAUGUCCUCUGUGGGGAUUAGCGGGCGGUGGGAGGCAACCGAUGCACUUCAAUUUGCGGCUUGACAGUUAAAGAGGACCAUGGCUGGAAGCGCCCGUGUGUAAGCUAAUGAACCACGACGAAUGAGAUUCAUCAACAAUUUCAAAAGUGCUUUAGAUACACUUUUAUCGAUCUCAAGCCCAAACAACACCCAGGAUGAGGAUUGUCAGCGUGGGGCAGCGCAGCAGGAGGGCGGCAGAACCCGUGGAACCGGAGGAGGAACCCCGGCACCCACCCCCUCCCCCACAUCUGUCCCCACACCACAAUUAUGAUCACAUGAAGUCGAAGUUCAUGAAUGAGGUUGGCCACCUACCAAAACACAGCAGAAUGCCCAUGUGGGCUGUGGGAGCCAUUGUGGUGGUGGUCCUGACUCUGGCCGGGUGCUUCGCAUUCUGCAUCUUCAAGAAGUGCUCUGGACAGAAGAAGAAGUCAAAGAAAGUCCGGGAGAGGAAAGGAGGAGGCCGCAGAAGGAAGGGAGAUGAUCAAGGAGAGGGGGGAGGAGAGCAGAAGGAGGAGGGAGAAAAAAAAGAGGGAGAAGAGGAGGAGAAGGAAAAUUUGGGAAAGCUGGAGUUCACUUUGGACUACAACUUCACAGAUGGCCAGCUCACUGUAGGAGUUCUGCAGGCUCAGGAUCUGCCAGCUAUGGACAUUGGUGGCACAUCGGACCCCUACGUUAAAGUGUACCUCCUACCCGACAAAAAGAAGAAGUUUGAGACCAAAGUGCAACGCAAAAACCUGUGUCCUGUUUUCAACGAGACAUUCGUUUUCAAGAUUCCAUACGCUGAACUUGGAGGGAAGACUCUGGUGCUCCAGGUGUUUGAUUUCGACCGCUUCGGGAAACACGAUGUGAUCGGUCAGAUUGCGAUCCCCAUGAACAGCAUAGAUAUGGCCCAGCCUCUUCAUGAGUGGAGGGACCUGGAGAACGGAGAGAAAGAGGAGCAAGAGAAGCUGGGUGACAUCUGCAUUUCUCUGCGCUACGUCCCUACAGCGGGCAAACUCACUGUCUGCAUUAUGGAAGCCAAAAAUCUCAAGAAGAUGGAUGUUGGUGGAUUAUCUGAUCCUUUUGUGAAAAUCGUGCUGCAGCACAAUGGCAAACGGCUGAAGAAGAAGAAGACAACAGUAAAGAAGAACACGCUAAAUCCAUAUUUUAACGAAAGCUUCAGCUUUGAGAUUCCCUUUGCACAAAUACAGAAAGUUCAGCUUAUCGUCACAGUGUACGAUUAUGACAAGCUUGGCAGCAACGAUGCCAUUGGUAAAAUUUUCAUCGGCUACGGUGCCACAGGUGUGGGCCUGCGCCAUUGGUCAGAUAUGCUGGCCAAUCCUAGGCGCCCGAUUGCCCAGUGGCACACCCUCCAGCCCGAGGAGGAAAUUGACGCUGCGCUCAAGGCACCAAUUCGCUAGACCCAUUUCUACUUCCUGCUCAAGACUUCCACUCCACAUGUUUUGUGCUUCUACCCUGGUGUCAUGAAAUCCAUUCCAGCUAUAAAGCUCAUUUCCAUUAUGCUUUUUUUAUUUAUUUCCCACACCCAGCCUGUUUAACCUUGAGUGCAGAUCGCAAAAUGUAAGUGAUUGUGUCAUGCGCUGACUUUCUUGUAAAUUUCAGCAAUUUAUGAACAUUUUCCCUCGAUUGAGCUGUUUUGUAUUUGUUUUGCAUGGUUGGCAAUUUAUGUUCUGUCUUUGGGUUAUGUUCUGUCUCUGUUCUUGACAGAGGAUAGCAAAUGAUAGCAAAUAAAUGUUAUGAGGUUUAUCUAAUGUUGGAUGUUAUGAUUAAAAGGGUGCUUGCUUUCUGUUAUCAUCAAUAACUUAAUGAUAUUUGUACAAUUUGUACAAUUGAAGUAUUAUAUUUAUGAGUUAAAGUGUUAAUACAAAUUGGGCUGCUUCACAGUUGUAAUACAUCUUUACUGGUGAGUUUGCUUUUGGAUGUCAUUGAUACAGGUUCAUUUGUUUCUUUGUUGAAUGAAUGCAAUGCAAAUCACAAGCUGUGCUUUAUUGUUAAAAAUCCAUCGUGGUUAGAUAGGACAGCAUUUAGAGAUGUAGACGAUUCAAUCAGCUGUUUGUCUGUCUGCCUAUAUGUGACAUAGAGAAACAUAAAUAAAGCUGUGUUUUAAAGUA